AAUCCAUUCCCAGCUACUGCCAGUGUGCAUCCUGAGCCAUCCAUUGGGCUCCGUUUCCACCCAAUCCAAUGGCGCUCAGGCUCUCCCUCGCCCCGCCAGCAGCUGCACCCGCGGCCUCCACAUGCCGCUGCAGCAGCGCAAGCUUCAUCCGGCCGGGCGUCGCAGUUGGGAGCCGCCGGGGCAGGGCGCGUGGCUGCGUGGUGGCGAUGGCCGACCUGCUGGGCGACUUGGGCGCGCGCGACCCCUUCCCGGAGGAGAUCGAGAGCCAGUUUGGGGAGAAGGUGCUGGGCAACGUGGACACGCUCCACCAGAUCCUCAUCCCCACCCUCUCCGCGCUCUCCCUCGCGAGCCUCCCGCUGCAGCCCGACGCGGAGCCGCUCUCCCUCGACGACGCGCGCAGGCUCCUCUUCAAGGUCGUCGGGUGGAGGCUCGUCCUCUCCGACGGCGACGGCGACGAGCAGCGUCCCGCGCGGCUGCAGUGCGUCUGGAAGGUGCGCGACGAGACCUGCGGCCAGGAGCUCAUCGCCAGGAUCAACGCCGCGCUCCACGGCGCCGGACACGCCCCGGCGACCCUGGCGUUCGAGGCCCCCAACCAGGUGACGGCCGAGCUCUCCACGCCCUCCGCCGCCGGCGACAGCCUCACCGUCAACGACUACAUCGUCGCCGCCAGGAUAGAUAAAGUCAAGACGCUCGAUCUUAUCCCGAAGAAGCGGGCGUGGGCAUGAGCGUGGUCGAUGAUCGAUCGAUUCUCCUCCCUUUCUCUGCUGUUCAUUUGAAGGGAUUUUCCCUUUAUUUUCUUUAUUGAAAAUAUGAGAAA